AUGUUAGAUGAACUAUAUAAAGCAGAACGUGAAGAUAUGGAAAUGAAACUUCAAGCAAAAGAUGAAGUCAUUGAAUCCAAAGGCAAAAGCAUACAGAAAAGAAUACCGCGUUCGGUACCAAAAGGAAAGGAAAAGAGUUAUAAGUAUAUGAUUUAUAUUGAAGAGUUGGAAAAUGAAGAAGAUAAAGAUAUGGUUAUGUUACAUUUAGUCAGAAGAAACAACAAGAGCUUUUAUGACUUAGCUAAGAUAUAUAAAUCUGACAGAAACUGGUUCUAUCGUGAAAACUUACCGAUUUCAAUGACACCGAAUGAGCAAAUAAAGGAAAUUGUCAAAAAUACUCUUCCUCAAACACACUAUGACAUCAAAGGUUGCACAAUACUUACAUUCAAAGAAGACUUAACAUUACUGAAGGAAAAAAUAACAGAAUAUUUCGAUAACUUCAAAGAGGAAGAAUAA